AUGGAUACCCUGGAGUUCCUGGGAGAUGAAUUCAGUGGAAUGGCCAGGUGCCCCUAUGAUGCAAAGCAUGCCAAUGUUGCUUUGUUUGCAGAGGGAAAGCUGUAUUCUGCCACAGUGACCGACUUCCUUGCAAUAGAUGCAGUCAUAUACCGGAGCCUUGGAGACAGCCCAACUCUGCGGACAGUUAAACAUGACUCAAAGUGGUUGAAAGAACCAUACUUUGUCCAGGCAGUGGACUAUGGCAAUUACAUUUACUUCUUCUUCCGGGAAAUAGCAGUGGAGUACAACAGCAUGGGAAAGGUAGUUUUCCCAAGGGUGGCUCAGGUUUGCAAGAAUGACAUGGGAGGAUCUCAGAGAGUGCUGGAAAAACAGUGGACUUCCUUUCUCAAGGCUCGUUUGAACUGCUCAGUUCCUGGCGAUUCACACUUCUACUUUAACAUAUUGCAGGCAGUUACAGAUGUGAUCCAUUUCAAUGGCCGGGAUGUUGUUUUAGCAACCUUCUCCACUCCAUAUAAUAGCAUCCCUGGCUCUGCAGUCUGUGCCUAUGACAUGCUUGACAUUGCCAAUGUAUUUACUGGGAGAUUCAAAGAACAAAAGUCUCCAGAUUCCACAUGGACACCAGUUCCUGAUGAACGAGUGCCCAAGCCCAGGCCCGGUUGUUGUGCUGGCUCUACAUCAUUAGAAAAAUAUGUAACCUCGAACGAGUUCCCAGAUGAUACUCUGAACUUCAUCAAAACACAUCCACUGAUGGACGAGGCUGUACCUUCCAUUGUCAAUCGACCCUGGUUCCUGAGAACGAUGGUCAGAUACCGCCUGACCAAAAUUGCCGUGGAUUCUGCUGCUGGGCCCUAUCAGAACUACACCGUGGUUUUCUUGGGAUCAGAGAAGGGAAUAAUCCUGAAGUUCUUGGCACGGACAGGAAACAGUGGUUUCCUAAACGAUAGCCUUUUCCUGGAGGAGAUGAACGUUUACAAUCCUGAAAAGUGCAGCUACGACGGUGUGGAGGACAAGCGGAUAGUGGGCAUGCAGCUUGACAAGCCCAGCAGUGCCCUGUACGUCGCCUUCUCCACCUGUGUCAUCAAGGUUCCUCUGGGACGUUGCGAGCGUCACGGCAAAUGCAAAAAGGCCUGCAUAGCGUCCAGAGACCCCUACUGUGGAUGGGUGAAGGAGAGCGGGGCAUGCACGCAGCUGGUCCUUGGCUCCAAACUGGCAUUUGAACAGGACAUAGAACACGGCAAUACAGAUGGCCUGGGUGACUGCCAAAAUUCCUUCGUAGCCCUGAAUGACAUUUCAACUGCUUCACCUGAUCAUGAAAUGUCUUACAACACAGUGUAUGGACACUCCAGUUCCCUAGUCCCAAGCACCACCACUUCUGACUCUCGCGCUCGACAGGGUUAUGAUGCUAGGGGACGCAUGCUGGAUUGGAAGGAUCCGCUUGGUUCAUCUGAAAAUACAGAUCCAUAUGUGGCAGUUUCAUCCCAUAAUCAUCAAGACAAGAAGG